AUGGCAACACUGCAUGCGGACAGCAACGAGGGUGCAGACAGUUUGAGCAAUACCAAUAUCAACACAAAUAGUGACUCCGACGCGGCGCCCGUCUUCGCAGAGGUGCCCGUCUUCCAGUUUGCGCGGCUCACUUUGCUGCAACUCUUGACCAACUCGCUGGUUCUCGCGCAUACGGCGCCCUAUCUCUCGGCGCACGACGUCUUGCGGCUGGCCGCGACCAACAGGGACUUUCGUGCCUUGCUGUAUGACACGCCGUCCCUCUUUCGGUACCUGGACCUGUCGCGCCUCCAGUCGGCCGUUCGCUUGGGCCACGACCAUGGCGAGGCCCUGCUCGAGCCCAUCGACCGCGGCGGCCAAACCUGGCGCCACGAGCAGAUUGACGAGAACCUGACCGAGGACGAGUUCUACUCGGGCCCGCUGCGAGGGGCCUUUCGGGCCCUGAGCCGGCCGGGCGUCCACACGGGCCUCUCUACGUCUACGUUGACCCAGCGUGGGACCUGGCUCAGCGGCGUGCAUACGCUCAUCUUGAACAACGUCUCGGUGACGGCCGAGCUUGUGCACGAGAUCCUGCGUAGCCCCGAGUACAAUGUCCGCAUCUUGUCCCUGCGCAACGCCAAGCACUGCAACGAGGUCCAGCUGCGCCACAUUUUGCGGACGGCCUGCCGCGCCAGCCGGCCCGCGGGCACGCCCAAGCUGCGCGGCCUCUACAUUUUCAGCAGCGGCCGCCGUGGCGACAGCAGCUGGGACAGCGUGCUGGGUGGGUACCGCAACACGUCGUCGUCGUCGAAGCCCGACGAGUCGGACGAUCCCCAUCCCAACGGGGACGACCUGUGGUACCGCGGGCGGGGCCGCGUGCUGCCGCGGAUGCUGAUGUCGGCCGAGUGGGCCGGCACGCUGUUGGAAUGCCGCGGCGUGCUUGCGUUUGACGGCGUGCUGUGCACGGCGCCGCGGCACACCAACUCGCCGGCGUUUGGCAAGGUGCCGUCGAGCGCGAGCACGACCCGGCCGCACCUGCCGUUUGCCAUGGCAAGCUUUUCGCUAGACGGCUGCGCGAGCUGUGGCAGCGCGCCCGACGGGUGGACGACAUGGGGUGAUCCGGCCCUCGCAAACACGCAGAGCCGUGGCGGUGGCAGUGGCGGUGGUGACGACGAAGGCGACCCGUACUUGUCUCGUUUCCCGCUCCUGUGGCCGCCGCCGCUGCUGUCGAGCAACGUGCGCGUGGCCAUGUGCCCGGAAGGUGAGAGCGUCCACCCGCACCGGUUUGCCCACCACCGUGGCGAGACGCCCAACCACGCCCACCAAGAUUCCACCACCAGCACCACAGGCUCCUCGCCCGCCCGGUUCAUCCCUCGCUGCGAAUCGUGCGUCUAUGGCCGCCUCUGUGCCCUGUGUCACCGCUGGUGGUGUGAGGCGUGCAUGCCGGACGGGGAAAACGGCGUGCCUUGGACCGACUUGCCUGGCACAGCAGGCAGCAGCAUCUCCUCCUCCUCCUCCCCGUCUUCUUCUCACAAGGUACGAACCAAAGACGGCGAUUGCCGCAACUGUCGACGGUCGUUUUAA